AUGCGAGAAAGGUUUGAUACUAACGAUGAUACAAGCCGGUUAAGGAUAAUUUUAAGGCAUGACAGGAAAAGUGAUGGAAGGACUGAGAAUCUACAACCUACUAACGAGGUUGCUGCAUUGAUACCUAAUGAUUUCAAUAAUGAGACAGAUUCAAGUGAUAUCAUCAUCGAGUGUAAAAAGACUGGGAAUCUCAAAAGGAUCAGUGAACUACAUCCUGCGUAUUUGCCUUUGCAAUAUCCAUUAUUGUUUCCCUAUGGCGAGGACGGGUUCAGACUUGGUAUCGAUAUUGGUUUUGUAGAUACCAAAAGGAGGAAAAUGUUGCAUAUUACUAUGAAAGAGUUUUUUACUUUCCGCAUACAGGAGAGGGUUGGUGAGUCACCAAUCAUCCCUUUAUCUGGAAGAUUAUUCCAGCAGUUCUUAGUGGAUGCGUACACGAUGAUUGAGACUAAUAGACUACGUUUUAUUUCAAUGAAUCAGUCUAAACUUCGUUGCGAAAAUUAUGAUAAGAUAAAUAAAACUGUUGAUGAAGGUGACACUGAUCUUUCUGACAAGGGUAAACGUAUUAUUAUACCUUCUUCUUAUACUGGUGGUACAAGGUAUAUGGUGCAACAUUAUCUAGAUGCGAUGACUACUUGCCAGCAUUUUGGUUUUCCGGAUCUUUUCAUAACCUUUACGUGUAAUCCCAAAUGGCCUGAGAUUACCAGGCACCUAAACAGACAUAACUUGAAGCAAGAGGAUAGGCCAGAUAUAUGUACGCAAGUGUUCAAGAUGAAACUAGAUGAUCUCAUGCACAGACUCACCAAAGAAAAUGUGUUAGGUGUCGUAAAAGCCACGAUCUUCACGAUUGAGUUUCAAAAACGGGGACUACCUCAUGCACACAUCGUUCUUUUUUUAGAGGCUGGUCACAAGCUACCAACAGGUGAUGACAAUGAUAAGAUAAUAUGUGCAGAAAUUCCUGACAAGGAUAUUGAUCCAGCGCUGUAUGAGAUAGUAGAAGAUGUCAUGAUGCAUGGGCCAUGUGGUGCUUUGAAUAAGGAUAGUGUUUGCAUGGCUGAAGGAAAAUGUACAAAGUAUUUUCCAAAACCAUUCAGUCCGAUCACUAAAAUAGAUGAUGUUGGAUAUCCUAUAUACAGGAGACGUAAUGAUAAGAAAGUUAUCGUUAAAAAGGGUAUUGGAUGUGAUAAUGGAUUUGUGGUUCCUUAUAAUAAGAGCCUCACACUGCUUUAUAGGGCUCAUAUCAACGUCAAAUGGUGUGUACAGUCACGAUCAGUAAAGUAUCUAUUCAAAUAUAUUCAUAAAGGUGCUGAUUACAUCCGUGCAACUAUCAAGAAUGAUGAUAAAGAAAACGAGAUUAAGAAACACUUCAACUGUAGGUAUGUAGCGCCUUCGGAGUCUACGUGGAAAAUUUUCGGUAAUCGUACUCACCAUCGCACCGUUUCUGUAGUUAAACUACUCUUUCAUUUACCAAACCAGCAAAUGGUCAUAUACAACGAGGAUGAUCCAGGUGACGAGGUUAUUAAUCGUGUCUCAGUUGGUACGUCAAAAUUUAUUGCUUGGAUGGAGUGCAACAAGGAGUAUGAAUUGGCGAGGACGUUAACUUAUGCGCAACUUCCUACGAGAUUUGUAUGGAAUGGACCAAAAGAGGAUAUGGACGCCAAGGUCAAGGAGAAUUGCUCUUGGUAG